AUGGGUGACGUUGGGAAGGGCAAGAGGAUUUUUGUUCAGAAGGGUGCCCAGAGCCACAAUGUAGAAAAGGGAGGCGAGCACAAGACUGGCCCAAACCUCCACCGUCUGUUUGGGCAGAAGACAGGUCAGACUCCUGGACACACUUACACAGAUGCCAACAAGAACAAAGGCAUCAUGUGGGGAGAGGUGACGCUGAUGGAGCACUUGGAGAAUCCCAAGAAGUACAUCCAUGGAACGAAAAUGAUCUUUGCUGGCAUUAAGAAGAAGGGAGAAGAAGAUCCCGUCAUGGCUCAUCUCAAAAAAGCUACUAAUGAGUAA